AUGGCCGCACCAAUUCGGUUCCUCGCCCUGUUCGCCAGCCUCCUUGGGCUGGCGAGCUUGGCAUGCGCGUCGCCGGUGACUCCGUUAGACCUCACAGCCCUGCCGGGCUGCGCCGCUACGUGCAUCUUGCACGAGAUAGGACGAUCCGACUGCAGCUUCGGCAACCAGACGUGUCUCUGCGCCGACACGACUUACAACAGCUUAGUUGAGGAAUGCGUCAUUGCAAACUGCACAGUUAAGCAAGGGCUCGUGACGAAGAACACGACCCUGACGGCCUGCGGAACACCGUCGUCGACCGAGACAGACGGCACCCUCGAGUGGCUGCGCGUCGUCCUCUUCAUCAUUCCGACCUUUUUCUUCACCGUGCGCAUGGUCAGCAAAUACUUGCAGCUCUCGACCUGGGGCUGGGACGACACGACCUUCGUGUUUGCCUAUAUUGUCCUCGCGGCGUUUCUGCCAGGAAACUAUUACAUCACGGAAGCCGGCUCAGGGAGAGACACGUGGACGCUUACUCCCGACCAGAUCACCAAGGUUCUUCUGAUCGUAUACAUAUUCAACCUGCUCUACGCGACCUGCCUGUCGCUCAUCAAGGGCUCCAUCAUCCUGCUGUACCUACGCAUCUUCCCCGACACAAAGAUCAGGAAGGUCCUGUGGGGCACGCUGGCGUUCAACGGCGCGCUCUGGAUUGUCUACAUAGGCCCGGCCACCUUUAUUUGCAAGCCCAUCAGCUUCUUCUGGCAAGGCUGGUCGGGGGAGAUGGAGGGCCACUGCAUCAAUAUGCACGCCGCGUCCGUCUCCCACAGCGUCCUCCAGCUCACGUUCGACGUCGUCUUGCUCGUUCUCCUGGCGUCGCAGAUCUGGGGCCUGAACAUGAGCCCCAGGAAGAAGAUUGCCGUGUUACUCGUCUUCAGCACCGGUAUCUUCCUCACGGCCGUCGGCGCUUACCGUGUCAAAUCUCUCACCGUCUUCGCUGCAUCUGACAACCCCACAGUCAACACAUACGAAGCCGCCAUCUGGUCCCACGUCGAGCUCGCCACGGGAGCCUGCGUGGCCUGCUUCCCUUCCACGCGCCAGGUCUGGAACUGGAUGGUCCCGACCUUGGCCGAAAUCACGGGUGUCAAGUCCAAGUACGGCUCAUCAAAUGAGUCGACCCCCGAGAGCACGCCGCCGUCGCCGCCGUCAGACUACUCCAGGAAGCAAUCCGGGAAGCAGUCCUGGCUAUCGCGCAUAGCGGCAGACCUCAACACCAACGUCUCCCUCCGCGACAUGCGGAGCACCAGCGCCGCGAGCCUGGUAGAAUCCAAAGACCCCUCAGCUGUGCCAGCGCGUUACGGCGAAGUUGGAAACGACAGUGGCGUGGUCAAGGGGAGAGGCAGGCAGCACAAGCGUGCCAACCCCCGUGUCGAUGCCGCUGUUUCCUGA